GACGACGAUCGUUGUCCCAUUCGUCCCAUUGUCGUCGUCGUCGUCUUCAAAGUGGAACUCUAAUCCUCCCGUUGUGGGAAAAGGGGGUCGCGUUUGUGGUGGUAGCGUAGGCGUAGCCGCGCAGGAGGUAGUCUACAGUUUGUUUAGUUGUAGUGAGUAGUGGAGUAGUGCUUUUGUUGUAGUUUUUUUGUGUAGUAGUUUGAUUAGAUUGUAUAUUUGUAGUCGUUAGACAGGAGUAGUAGAGGUUUGAAAGGGGGUAGGAGGUUGAGCCUGGAACGGCUCGGGGUGGAUCAAUAUUCGCCGACAUUACUGGGUUUCGGUAUUUCUGUGCAGCGGUGGAAGGGAUUCAGGCCGAAAUGCUGAUGGGAGUGGGGAGAAACGAGCAUGCCUUCAAGAGGAGGAAGCGGGGCGAUGCGCAGCGGUGCGGAUUGGAUUGGAGAGCAUGCGGCGUGUGAAGAAGCGGAAGGUGUGAGAGGUGCAUUGAAAAAAGAGCAAUAAUUUCGUUGGGUCGUUGGAUUGGAGAUGUCGGAUACCUCGCCGAGGCCCGCUCUGCAAUGGUACUGGGCUUGCAGAGAGGGAUCUACGGGGCACUCAUCGUCGCUUGGGGGAGUUCCUGAGGCGAGGGAUGUCGCUGAGGAUGUGGGACUAAGUGCAGAUAUUGCUGCCGGUGGGAUUUCCGCGCUGCCAAACAGUAGUAGCAGUGGCAGCAGCUGUAGCGGGAGCAGCGUCCGCGGCGGCUGCACGCGCGAGGAGACUAAGGUGGCGGAGCUCGUGUUGGAGCAGCUGGAUGAGCAAUGGUUUCACGACAAUGUCGUGAAGUGGCCAUCGUCCAGGCUAGGAUCGCCACCGGGUGUCAUCGACAAGGACAUGGGUUCACCCUUCCGAUGCCGAGAGAUUGCACCUGUGGUGUUGUCGACUACCCAAGGGGACGUAGCGAGUGGGACUGUUAAGCCGCGACUGCGGGUUGGAGAAAGGGCGCUGAACCCCUCACGCUCUCGACUAGAGAUCCGGCGCCUGUCUGAUGGAGAGCAGCAUUUGAAGGGGUGUGUAGAGAGGGACCCGACUCGGAGACAGACCCUCGGUGGCGAGGUGAAUCCCCGUCGGUUCGCAGAUAUCUCGAAUGCGCAGCUCUCGAGCGUAUCCCAAACGCUGACGAAGUCUGACACUGUCCAUCAAUUCAGGUAUCCAAGUGAAGAAAACCCAUUGCAGGAUUUUCUUCCACUCCCUCAGCUACCUUCGGGUCCCUUGAUGGGUGUUACGGAGGACGAGGAAAUGGAGAACGACCUCUUUGAGAAGAUUCUUGCCAACCGCCCUUCGAAGCUGUCCACCAUCAAUCCCGGACGUCUUUCUCGAGGCCCUUUGCAGGAGAACUCGAGCAAUAACAGUGAUCAAUUACCGAUUAAGCACGCUCCGAAGGCUGUUCGGCGGCGGAGGUUGAAGGGCACUAAGAGCCUGACCGACUUGGAGUACGAGGAGCUCCGAGGGUUGAAGGAUCUCGGAUUCGAGGUCAGCAAAGACGACCUCACACCACCCGUGGUGAGAAUGUUCCCAGGUUUGCAACGACAGGGCAUUCCUCCAUACAACUCUCCCCAAAGCCAAAGCCAGGCCUCGGUCCAAAAUACGCACCCAAACCAAAACGUUCUGUCGCAGAGCCGGUUUACUCCCGUUCAGCACCUGCUCUGGCCGCGGCGCCCAGACUCCCCGCUUAUUAACACCCCGUUCCUUGAUCCCAGCAUUGACAUGAAGGGCCAGCUCAAAACGUGGGCUAGCGAAAUGGCGUCGAUUGUUAGCACCGAGUGCUAGCAAUCACAGAGAACCGUUACAAGGAAACCUCAAGGAGAGGAGCUGUGAUUUCGGCUGAUUGCAGGAAGAGUGAGAGAAAGAAUGAGAAGGUCUGGUUCGAGUGUGACGAAGCCUAGACUUGUGUGGCUUCCAUGAUGUUAGUGAAGGCACAUGCGGGGAACGAUGGAGAGUCUGCUUCCCAGUGAUUCCAUCAAAUUAAUUGCAGUUAGGGACCGAAAACUCGGUUGCGUAGCGUGAAGAGCAAUUGUCGAGCUUCAAGAUUUUGCUCUUGGAUUCUGUAAGACUGUCUAUAUCAGUUCAAAGUUUUCUGGAUAUGUAGCGUAAGAAGGGGAUUUGAAUGUGAACUAGGAGACACUCGAGAUACUACAAUAAGAGAAACAUGCUUCUGACUUAACUGAACGAUUAUUUUAUUUAUUUUUUAUUUUAAAGAUAGGACUGCCUCUCAAGUUGUGCGGGACUGACGGGACAGUUGUAGUUCAAAUUAAGGUGAUGAACUCGUAGCGUUUUUUCCUGGUUGAACAGUAGUGGUGGAAUUCUCAAGUGGGAGUAGAGGUGCUAGGCUGAAUAGAAUCAUCUACCUUCAAAGUGCUUGUACAUCAUUUGCAGUGUCCCUCCCCUAUUUUACUUCGUCUAUUAUUUCAACCGGCAAGGGCGACCAGCUUUGGGUGUUUCAAACCAUUAGGUUUAGAAUGUCAGUGCCCUCUGCGGUAUUAUUGGGUUUAUGUAUAGUUUCUAAACCGUGAAGCUGUUGCUCUUUUGUAUAGCAGUGGAUCAUUUAAGGUCUGCGAAAGUAACGUUUCGUCGACUUAUGUUGAGAUUGAUUUUGAUAGUAACCAGCGUCUAGGAAUAACGUCCAUUGCUACCAUAGACUUAAGGUUCUGCUGAUGGUGAGAUUUACAUGCUGGACUAGUUUUAUGAAACAGCAGCAGCAGCAGCAGCAAGGAGCACAGUUUGUAAGAACUCACAGAAACUCUCAACAUUGGGAAGAGUUAGUACUCGCUGGGAGGAUCAUUUGGUCGAGAACUCGAGUACUGACCUUCUGUUUAUUUUUGCUCA